UUGUCAUCAUAAGAUCUAACCGCUCAAUUAGGAAACCGCGUUCUUUUUUUUUUUUUUUGUAAUUUUCUCUUCUUUUUGGCGUAUAAAAUACAGCCCCCCACUCCUUCACUCCUUACAUACACACUCACUCUGCCUCCGCCAUGACUCUCAAUGCCAUGCUUUUCUUUUUCUUCUUGACGCCCUUUCUUUCACUUUCGUCUCAAGAAACUAUCAAACCCCAGUUGAACAAAAACAAUACUUUCUCUCUUUACUUUCCUCUUACUUCUCGUUCUCUUUCUCCUCAUUCUUCUCCCAAAUUUUAUUCUUCUUUUGUUGCGCCGACCAGGCCGAAAACCGGAGUGAAAGCCGCUCCGUCGUUGAACUUCAGAUCGAAGUUCAGGUAUUCGAAGGUGCUCAUUGUGUCUCUUCCCAUUGGGACGCCACCGCAGACUCAAGAGAUGGUGUUGGAUACCGGUAGCCAGCUAUCUUGGAUUCAGUGUCACAAGAAAACUGCUCUUUCUCCCAAGAAGCUUGGUCCCCCUACGACGUCGUUUGAUCCUUCUCUCUCUUCUUCUUUCUCUGUUUUACCGUGUAAUCAUCCGGUGUGUAAACCGCGGAUUACCGAUUUUACCCUCCCGACGGAUUGUGACAAGAACCGUCUGUGUCAUUACUCGUACUUCUACGCUGAUGGCACGUUGGCUGAGGGUAAUCUCGUCAGAGAAAAGUUUACAUUUUCACGUUCUCAAAGUACCCUUCCUUUGGUCCUUGGCUGUGCGAAGGAUCCUAGUAACGACAAGGGCAUUUGGGGAAUGAAUGUUGGACGGCUGUCUUUCGCUUCCCAAGCCAAAAUAUCCAAGUUCUCCUAUUGCGUUCCGCCACAAAGCUACCGAGCCGGGUUUACACCAACCGGGUCGUUUUACCUCGGUGAAAACCCGAACUCAUCCGGGUUUCAAUAUGUUAAUCUAUUGACUUUUACUCAAAGUCAACACAUGCCAAAUUUGGAUCCCUUGGCGUACACUGUUGUUUUGCAAGGAAUCCGAAUCAAAGGUAAAAAAUUAAAUAUUCCAGCGACGGUAUUCCGACCCGAUGCUAGUGGGUCGGGGCAAACAAUCGUCGAUUCUGGAUCCGAGUUCACUUAUCUAGUGGAUGAAGCUUACAAUCAAGUAAAGGCAGAGGUUGUCAGACUGGUGGGCCCUAAGUUGAAAAAGGGGUACGUGUACGGUGGAGUUUCGGACAUGUGUUUCGACGGAAACGCUUUAGAGAUCGGGCGGCUGAUCGGUGACAUGGUGCUGGAGUUCGAUAAAGGAGUGGAGAUAGUGAUUCCAGAAGAAAGAAUGUUGGCAAACGUGGAGAAUGGGAUCCAUUGCGUGGGAAUCGGACGGUCAGAUAUGCUUGGCAUCCCAAGUAAUAUAAUUGGAAGCUUUCAUCAGCAAAAUCUGUGGGUGGAAUUUGAUCCGACGAACAAGAGGGUGGGCUUCGGUAAGGCGGACUGUAGCAGAUGAGCGUAAAUAUAUGUGGUCGUGCUUGUUUGCCCGACGUGCAUGGAUAAAAACAGUAACAUACAGAUAUUUUUCUGUGAGCUACUGUGCACACUAUAGUUAAAAAGAGAAUUGACCGCCGGAUUGGAUUCUCUGAGUUACGGUCUACAUUAGAGUAAGGCCGGAGUGGGGCAGAAGGUCCCAGCAUUGAGAUGAUAAGAUGGGAGCAUAGGCCCAUUCAGUAGUGUUGUAUUAGUGAUGAUGAGACUAUGUAUAUAUGAGGAUGUGAAA